AUGAAAGAAAAAAAUAUUUUAGUGACAGGUACAGUACGUAGUAAUAGCACUGACAAGUGUCCUUUGAAAGAUGAAAAAUUAUGCAAGAAGGAACAGCGAGGUUACCAUGACAGCCGGCGCGAUCUAAACAGCGGCAUCUGUACAGUGCGCUGGAACGAUAAUAGUGUAGUCACUCUGUUAUCCAGUGAAUACGGCGUGGAGCCUAUACGAACUGCAAGAAGAUACUCAGCUGCUCAAAAGCAAAGAGUAAAUGUACCACAACCUAACGUUGUGCACCAAUACAAUCGUUUUAUGGGAGGGGUUGAUCGGUUAGAUGCAAACAUUGGUACCUAUCGAAUGGCAAUUAGGGGCAAAAAAUGGUAUAUCCCGUUACUUUUCUGGUUGAUAGACGUUGCGGUCAACAAUGCUACCCUACUAGCUCGUAAUUUCUCCAAAGAUAUAGAUACGCUGGAAUUUAGACGUAGCAUUGUCAGAACCUUACUUCAAAAAUAUGGCAAUGAUAAGCAGCAUCCGGGACCUAGCAAACAGGUAUACAUCAGUACAGUAAACAAAUGUACCUACAUCAGUACGAAAGCAUAA